AUGAUCAGAUUUCAAGUUCAAUUUUCGGGGCGGUGGAUACUCAAAUAAAGUCUUUUUUUUUUGUUAUUUGCCAGAAAAAUGUUGAAACUACUCGCUUUCGUCGCUCUUUUGUCCGUUUCUGUCAGUGCCAACGUGGAUAUGACCGGUUUCGGUCUUCCAGCCGACAAUCACAAGGUUGCACUCGGAGGUCCGAUCCAGGAAUCUGCAGGGCUUGCUGACGAAGGAGAACAACAGCUCCAACUUGUCGACGUGAGCCCACAAGACGAGGGACAACAGAAUGUGGCUCAUGUUAGAGAAAUGUUCUCCAACGUGUUCAACAGCAUCAAGACCCAACGCGAGCAGGCGAUGGCUGCUAACGGUUCCCAGCCAACUGAUUAAGGACUUGCGCUGGAAAAAUUAUUGAUUAUUUGUUAAUGGCCCAUAAAUGGUUUCAAGUCGUAACAAAAU